AUUACAGCUUAUGUAAGGCAAGUGUUUGGACUAAUAAAACACUUUUUCUUCAUUUUCUCGAAGUGGUUUUAUUCGGGAAACAGUACGUUUAAGACGACAAGUUGUCUGUGGAGAAUGAUUUAACGGACCAUAACGUCGCUGUAGUUUGUGUGUUGAUGAUAGGAAAAGAAGGAAAAGACAUGAGAAAACGUAAUUGAAAGUGAAAGUGUUUAUUCUUCGCAGUGACAAAAACCAUAAAAUAAAUUUUUCUUCUGCCUUUUUUGUAAGAUUAAACCCGUCUUUUCAUUUUUGUGUCCUUAAAAACUCUUAUGACCACUAGAAAGUGAUUGUGGUUUUCCUUCCUACCGUAAAAAUAAAUAGUAGGGAAUAGGAACACUUUUCUUUAUCUGCCUUCUUAAAAGUUUAGUGAAUUGUCAGAGAAAUAAAGAAAAAAAAUCAUUACUAACUUGGCUACAAGUCUUAAGGCUUUAAGAAUAGAGAAAAUGAAGAUAGUUUUAAUUGCGAGAGGUUUAACAUGGUUGCUAAUAGAACUAACCAUAGUUAGUGGAUUUGAAGUUUAUUGGAACAUUCCAUCUUUCAUGUGUAAAAAGCAUCAAUUCGAUUUCACCAGUCUUGUUAAGAAUUAUGACAUUCUGCAAAAUGAGCAGGAUAACUUUCAAGGUGAAAAGAUCACCAUUCUGUACGAUCCUGGCAUGUUUCCCGCUUUAGGUACCAACAAUGAAAAAAGAAACGGGGGUAUUCCUCAAGAAGGAAACUUGACAAAGCAUCUGACGGUUUAUCGACAACAUAUCGAAGAGCUUGUGCCGGACAUUAACAAUAAUGGCCUCGUUAUCAUUGAUUUUGAAUCAUGGCGUCCAAUUUUUCGUCAGAACUUUGGGACAUUAACACCGUACAAAGAUGUGUCAUAUCAGAUUGAAAAACAACGUCAUCCGUUUUGGCCGAAGCCGUACUAUGAAGCUGAGGCUGUGAAGAGAUUUGAGUCGGCUGGCAGAAAAUAUGUUGAAGAGACAUUGAAACUAUCAAAGUUGUUACGACCUUAUGCCAAAUGGGGAUAUUAUGCCUUUCCUUAUUGUUUUAAUAAAGGUCAAAAUGCAUUCUGUCCCAGAGAAGUCAAAGCAGAAAAUGACCGCAUGGGUUGGAUGUUUUUCCAUUCAGAUAUGGUAUUGCCUUCGGUGUAUUUGAAUGAGAAAAUGAAACCACAGGAGAGACAAAGCAUGGUUUCAGCAAGAAUUCAGGAAGCUAUAAGAGCAUCGAAAUCAUACUCGAGAAAACAGAAGGAAGUGUAUGUGUAUAUACGAUAUGUCUACACCGACAGUAGGAAAGUUUUAUCAGAGAGUGACUUGUUGAUGGUGUUUCAAAGUGCUAAGAGCCAGGGCGCUAAUGGGAUUAUAUUGUGGGGAAGUUCAUAUGACUUAAGUUCAAGAAAUCGAAAUGGGAAAGCGCUCCCUGAGCUUCCCGAGACCCAAGAGAUCUUAACUGAUGAUGAUUCGGAAAACUUAUUUUCACAAUCGCUUUCAUUAAGUACAGUUUGGGCAAAGCUUUACUUUCUUCCUAAUCCAAAAGUUUCUGUAUUUGAACUUCGUAAUAACAAAGCAUGGAUCGGACGAGAUGCUCCUUCUAAUGAGAGCACAGAAAAUAUUGAUGUCUUCGUGUUUCAUGAUCAAAUUCCUUCAAAAUAUAUUGAUCGAAUCUCAAAGUGCCAUUUUACAAUUGAAAGAGAACCAAAAGAGUCAAACUCAUUUUGUGCUCGUGAAUCUUCAGAAAAAGAUAUGAGUCCAGCAACAUUGAGUUGUGCUGGAAGAAAUGGAAUUUUUAUCAACGAUGAAAAAUUAUUAAUGGGAGAAAAACGAAUGCUCGCUCAUAACGACAUAAUAAAAUUAUCCAAUUAUGAACUCUUCCGAUUCCAUUAUGAAAACACACCGUCUGAAUUGCAUACAUUACCAAAGAGUUGCUUGUCUAAAUAUUACAUUGGUAUGCAAAUAGGAAGCGGAGGGUGUGGGAUUGUUCGCUUAAUUCAAAACCUUAAAACAUCCGAGAAAUUUGCUAUGAAAGUUAUUAGAAAAGAAAUCAAUCCAAUGGUUCUUAAUCGUGUCGCUAAUAAUUCAAAGAUUUUGAAUGAAGUGAAAAUUAUGAAGAAGCUUUCACAUUUUCAUGUGCUUAGUUUGAUUGAUACAUUUGAGACACCUGAAUGCGUUUACAUUGUUAUGGAAUAUAUGGAAGGUCGUGACUUGUUACAUCGAAUCACACAGUUUGAUCCAAAUCGAAAGUAUUUAUCAGAAAAAGACGCCAAGUUCUUCUUCCUUCAAAUUUGUCGUGGACUGAAAUAUUUGCACGAUUCAUUUGUCACUCACCGUGAUAUAAAACCUGAUAACAUAUUAUUAGCAAGCAACGAUGCUGAUCCUCUUGUCAAGAUAUCUGACUUUGGACUCAGUAAAUUUGUGGCCUUAGAUUCAAUGCAAACAGUAUGUGGUACACAAUUGUACGUAGCACCGGAAGUUUUAAUGGGUGGCGUGUACACUAGCAAAGUAGACAUGUGGAGCCUUGGCGUCUUACUUUUUGCAAUGUUGAGUGGUUCUGUUCCGUUUUGUGAUGCUUAUGGUCCUCCUGAUGUUACGACUCAAAUAAAGGAAGCCAAAUAUUCAUUUAAAAGCAGAUUAUGGAAUGAUGUUAGUCGUCCAGCUAAAGAUUUGAUUCGUAAACUUAUUCAGAAAGAACCAGAAAAACGAUUAACAAUCGAUGAAGUUUUAAGUCAUCCAUGGUUGAAAUGUUUAAAAACAAUUUCACGUGUUCAAAAAUUAUACAAUUUUAAUGAAACUGUUGUCGAUGAAACUGAAGACGCAGAACUUGAGACGACUUUACUUCGAAAAAUGUCAGGAAAAGAGAAAAGAUCAAGUAAAAAGAAGAAAGAUGAAUAUAAGGAUGGAGAUGAGGAGACAGAAAAACCUAAUAAAAUGGAAUUCAAAGUUGCGAAAUGGCUACGAAAAAAUGUUCAAGUGAAAAAAACAAAAUUUUUGAACCAUAAUGUUGAGUAUUUUGCUUCUGGUAAAGCAUUGGAUGCAUUGAUGUCAUCAAAGUUCGCAGAAGGAGAAAAUUGUUUGUUCCAAAAUCGACAAUCAGCAAUCGACUACUUGGAUUUGAUGCUUACUCACAAAUUUUUCCAUCGCGCAAAGAAAGUUCCAGUCAGUGAACAUGAAUUAAAAGGGAGAUCAAAAGAGAGGACAAAGGAUCAGGAUAAGGACAGGGACAUCAAGAUUAAGGAGACUGAUGCGGAAAGUUCACAUGCCGAGGAAAAAGCGGAAAAAUCUGAGGUUGCACCAGAGAAAAAGAAACGAAAGAUUCGACUUGAAAUGCAUCCACAACAGAUUUUUAUUGAUCAACUUCAUGAACCAUACGUUUGGAUUUAUGACCCGAUUCCUAUGCAUUACUGGAUUUUUGGAACUCUCGUGGUUAUUGGUGCAAUAGUCAUCUGUUUGUUUCCCUUAUGGCCACCACAAUUAAGAACUGGUGUCUACUAUUUGUCAAUGACGGCUGCUGGUUUCUUGGUCUUUCUUCUUGCUCUUGUUAUUCUUAGAUUUAUUCUAUUCUGCAUCAUUUGGAUUGUUUCUGGUGGAAAGCAUCACUUCUGGUUCCUUCCAAAUUUAACAGAAGACGUUGGAUUUAUCGAUUCCUUCAAACCAUUAUACAAACACGAAUACAAGGACGGUUCGGAAAAUAAGAAACAUAAAAAAGAUAAAACAAAAAAGAAGAAAAAGGAAAGUGACGAUGAAGAUGCUCCUCAAGAGAAAUCGAACAAGAAAUCAAAGAACAUAGAGAUAGAAGAGGCCGAAGAAAGUGAAUUAAGACAACGAAAAGGAGGCGAAGUAAAGAAAGCAAAGGACGAGAAAGAGGAAGAAGUUAAAACGGACGAAGUUAAAAAUUCGGAAUCCGAAUCAUCAGAUUCUCAACGAUCAUCAACGGGGAAAGAUUUUGAAAUUCUUGAAGCAGAAGAGGACGAAGACGAGCCUUGAAUGUCUCGAAAUUUAAUUUAUGAUAUGAUACAAAUAUUAUACUUGUAAUUGAAUCUGUAAUAAUUGAAGCUGAAAUAAAUAUUUCUUUCUCAAUGGUAAAAUAGAAAAA